AUGUCUCAUAAGUCCGGACUUCAUUACUUUGAUGCACCAGUCACGGAAGAGGCAGUGCGAAACCAUAACCUUAUGAGGGAACUAAUCGAGAACGAGACGCCCAAGAUACCUCCCGGGACCGGCAGCGGGUACCACACAUUCACUUAUGGUUGGCUUGUUGAUCAAAUCGUUAGACAUACGGAUGAGAAAAAGCGCGGAAUCGGACAGUUUUUGAGAGAAGAAAUUACUCAACCCAAUGGAAUCGAUUUUCACAUCGGCUUAAAUUUGUGUGAGGAACAUCGAGUGGCUCGUGUAGCUCCUCUUCCGUUUUCUGAAAUAUUAGGAGCGAUAUUGCGCGACCUCAGAGUUAUUGUCAUGCUAUAUGAUGUUCUCACAGCAAACAAUAAAAACCAAUUUACACGUACCAUCAUGAAUCCUUCAUGGAUGAGUUGUUUCACGCAAUGCACAAUGAAUAAUCCCGAACAACAUGCCAUGGAACAAGCGGCUGCACUUGGCAUUGGAAAUGCUCGAUCAUUGGCGAUGAUAUUCAAUUUGUUCAUAAACGGACGGAUAGUUAGUGAGAAGACUUUAGCCAUAUUGGAAAAACCCGUUAGCAAUGAGACGGACUACGUGGUACGAACGACCUUAGUCAAAGGACAUGGCUUCUUCUAUCACCGGCCAAUGGGAAAUGGAAAGCUACCGAUGAUAGGCCAUCCCGGUUACGGAUGUCAACAAGUAAUAUUUGAUUUGGAAAGAAAGAUAGUCAUUGCAUACGUUACCAAUGGAAUGAAGAUGGGAAUGUACCAGGGAUGUCGCACCUAUGCUCGAUUACAUAAAGCCGUAUACGAUAUUAUAGAACAAUUGUGA